CCAUGAGGGGCGGCAGUGCAACGGCCCUGUGGUGCAGCAGGCAAGGACGCAAGGGCUUGGGCUCACUGGCGUCCCCGACACCUGGCCAAUUUUUAAAAAAAAAGUCCAAAAAAAAAAAAGCCAGCAGACUGAAACCCACGGGUUUUCCCGACCGCUCUUCAGGGAGAAGUAACACUUAAGAAUGGCCUUCAUUUGAGACCUCAGACUGCCGCCCUUCACCUGGGCGGGGAUUUCUGCAGCAAUCUCAUCUUCUGCUUUCAGCGGGGGAUCCAGUCCUGAAGAUAAAAGCAGCAGCCAUUUUUCCACCCGCACGUCACAGUCAACAAGAAUCAAACUCUCCAGGGAUGCAAAGGCAACACAGCCUGCCAGGCAACUCUGAGCUGCACCACUGCGAGGGAAGCAAUCGGGGAAGACAGAGGUGGCUGGGGGCACUGCCGACAUGUCACGCCCCGGACGGGAGCCUGCAGCAAGUGCGUCCCUCGCUGCUGCGCGGGACAGCGAGGGGCAGAGGCUAAGCAGGAAGCUUAAAAGAAGAAACUUCAAACUAUGGUAAUAAUGCCUGUGGAGCUCAAAACAUGAGCCAGCUGCGAGCCACAAAGCCAGGACUUCUCGUGUGCACGGUACUUUGCAUCCUCAUUUUUCUUUAUUUAAGAAAGCCCACUCCUGAGGAGCCCGCGGAGGAGCCUACGUACCCAGCAGUGGUGGAGUGUGGCUUUUAUCCUGAUGAACUGUGUUCAGCUUUAUUUGAAGGCAAAGGGGUGGCCCCUCAAAUCGCAAAGUUCUGUAAAAACCCUCAUCGGUCUGAAAUAUUGCCUUAUUUGCGUGCUCCAGGAAAUUGUUCUAGGAUGUUGCAGGGGUUGCGUUUCAUAACUAGACCCCUGUCUGCAGAAGAGGGCAACUUUUCUUUGGCGUAUAUUAUAACCCUUCCGAAGGAGAUGCCCAUGUUUGUGCAGCUUCUCAGGGCGAUUUAUGUGCCUCAAAAUGUUUACUGUCUUCACGUUGAUGAAAAGGCUCCAAAGACGUUUAAGACCGCUGUGAAAACCCUGGCUAACUGUUUUGAGAACAUCUUUAUUUCCUCAAAGAAACACAAAGUAGCUUCUGCUGGCCCUCUGAGACUACAGGCAGACAUUAACUGUAUGGAAGAUCUAGUCCAUUCCAGAUUUCAGUGGAGCUAUGUCAUUAAUCUUUAUGGGGAGGAUUUUCCAAUCAAAACCAAUAAAGAAAUCAUACACUAUCUCAGAAGCAAAUGGAACAACAAAAACAUCACUCCUGGAGUAAUCCAACCAUCAAAUGCUAAAUUCAAGACAGGUCAAAGGGACCCCGAGUCCAGCCCAACAGGAAAUAUCUAUGUCUCACCAAAUGAAAGAUUCAAACACGAGCCACCUCAUAACCUGACAAUUUACUUUGGAAGUGCUUACUAUGUACUUACAAGAAAGUUUGUGCACUUCAUACUGACGGACACCCGCGCCAAAGACAUGCUUCGGUGGUCCAGGGACAUCCGCAGCCCAGAGCAGCAUUACUGGGUGACCCUGAACCGACUAAAGGAUGCUCCGGGGGCCACACCAGACGCUGGCUGGGAAGGAGCCGUGCGAGCUGUUAAGUGGAGAACGGAGGAAGGAAAAGCUCACGAUGGAUGCAAAGGGCGCUACGUCCAAGAUGUCUGCGUGUACGGACUGGGAGACCUGCCGUGGAUCAUUCGGUCUCCUUCCCUGUUCGCCAACCAAUUUGAGCGCUCAGCAGACCCCCUCGUGGUUACAUGCCUGGAGAGGUGGCACAGACGUAAGGUCCUACAGCAGGCAGAAGUCACUGUAGAACCACAGUGGCGAUUUCCACAGGAAAGUCACUUCAACGUGAGGCCGAACCACUAAAGAGUCUGCGGUCUCACUGGCUUCCUUCUGCUGGAGGAACCAACCUAACACAGCUACAGAGGGAGGAAAGGACAGGAACUCCUGGAUAUGGAUUAGCCCUACAAUGAAUUCAGAAAUAUGCUAUCGGCAAACGUUUGCUCCUGACUGCUUUGCAGGUUUGGGGACGAAAUCACAGGAGAACAGUAACUUGAGCAGCCACUGAUGAUGUGCACACAGUCACUGGAGAGCUGACUGCCUCAGCAGUUCUGAAAACCAAAACUCUGGAAGUGGGUGACCCAGGCUCAAGCUGGGGUUGUAAACAAUGUGUUUUGUUUUGGGGGCCUGGGCACUCUUGUACAUGAGACACUAAUAAAGAAUAAGCUCCUAGGGAAGUGUGGUGGCUCAUGUCUGUAGUCCCAGCACUCAGGAAGCUGAUGCAGGAGGAUAUCUAUGAGUUUAAGGUCUGCUGGGACUACACAGUGAGACCCUGUCUCAAAAAAAAAAAAAAAAAAACAAACCAGGAACACACUCCCACUGAAUAUGAACAUAUGCUUAUCUAAAGAAUUUUUGUUACAUGAGAACAGAAUCACUUUAUUCUGACAGAUUCUACAAAAACAUCCAAGAGUCUACUUCUCUGGGUAAAAUGAAAUUAAUCUGGGGUGAGCAGGGCAUGGUGACACACACCUGUUGUUCUAUCACUUUAGGAAACUGAGGCAGCAGAAUCACAAGUUCCAAUCCAGGCCAGUUAACUUAAUGAUUUGGUGAGGCUGUGUCUCCAAAAAAAAGAAAACAACAACAAAACAAACAA